CCUUGUCCCCCAGACGAAAUGAUCCUCCGGCGACGCUGUGGUGCCUCUGAUUGUCUAGCUUUCUUCUUCAUCACUUCACUUUUACUGUUCUUCAUCUUAGUCUGCUCCAUCUUGUACGGCACCCGAACCGAAAGCCCCUCGCUCCCGCCCCUAGUCAAGGAGGUCCUCCCCGCCGGCCGCUGCCUGUGCGAGUUCAGUACCAUCUUUCAGUGUGAUACUUGCUUGGAUUGCGCCUCGAGCCCGGCUGUACUAUUGAAUACAACAUCGGGGGAGGGAGAGGCUUGGAUCUUCGACCACCGCCGCGAUGGCCAUAAUUAUGGCCUGGAUGAAAACCAAUGCGAUUCGGCGUUCCCUGGUCUAUUUGAGGACGUGAACAGAGCCAAGAAACACAGGAAGCAGAUUGGCAAAAUCACCGAGGAAGAGCUGACGAGCUUCAAGAUGACAAAGGGAAUGGUGCGGGUCCUCAUCUACCAUGGUCAUCUCCAUGUCCUACAAACAUUCCUGGUCGAUAACGUCAACCGUCAAAAGGCUUUGGCUUCACUUUCCGCUCUGCAUCGCGCUCUCAUUUCCUCAAACGACCGCUCUGCGACUCCCAACAUUGAGUUCAUCCUGAGUGUCGAAGAUCUCCCCGCUGAACCAGAAAAGCCCCUUUGGGUACUCGCACGCCGUGCACAAGACAAAGAGCUGUGGCUCAUGCCGGACUUUGGAUGGUGGAGUUGGGACAUGCCGCAGAUUGGCACACUGGACGAAGUCGCCAUCGAGGCUGUACAGCGCGAGAGCAUGGAGCCUUGGGACCAGAAGCUAGAGAAGCUCGUAUGGCGUGGCAAGGUGACUAUGGCGCCGAAAUUGCGUAGGGCGCUCUUAGAAGCCGCAAAAGGGCAACCGUGGAGUGAUGUCGGACAAUUGAAGUGGGCGGCGCCCAACUUCCAGCAACAAUUCAAAGGACCAGUCGAUCAGUGUCAGUACAAGUUCAUUGCACAUGCAGAAGGACGCUCCUACUCCGGCGCCCUCAAAUACCGACAACUCUGUCGCUCUGUUAUCGUGUCGCACAAACUGCAAUGGAUCCAGCACUACCACUACCUCUUCCUCUCGUCGGGUCCCAACCAAAACUUUGUCGAAGUAGAGCGCGACUUCUCCGACCUGUCCUCGGCCAUGGAUGACCUGCUUGCGCAUCCUGAGAAGGCAAAGCGCAUUGCCGACAACAGCGUCGCGAUCUUUAGGGAUCGAUACCUGACGGCUGCUGCAGAAGCCUGCUACUGGCGUGCUCUUGUUCGGGCGUACAGAGAGGUCACGUUCGAGCCGCUACUGUAUAACAGCGGGGUUGAAGUCGGUGCAGCCAUCAAGAGGCGGGAAAAGAGGGGUGUGAGGUUCGAGACUUUUAUGCUCUACGAAUCAGACAAGCAGAUGGAGUUCCCCCAAAGCGCGGAAUAA